AUGAACUUAUUUGACAGCAAUUCGGAAAGUAGUAGUAAUAAAAUAUUUGAAAAAAAUGAACAAGUCAAAAAAAAAAAAAAAAAAAAAAAAAGAAAGGAACCUUUAUUUAGCCCCAAUUUGGAUAGACAUAACAACAUAACUGUAAAAGAUGAAGUAAAAAGAGAGACAAUAUAUGAAAAGAAGAAAAGCUUGUUUAGUAGCAAUUCAGAGGGGAGUGAAGUUGUGUCUAUGGGACAUGAAAUAAAAAGAGAGACAACAUACGAAAAGAAAAAAAGCUUGUUUAGUAGCAACUCAGAGAGCAGUAUUGAUGUUCCUGUGGAACAUGAAAUAAAGCAUAAAAGAAACAAACUGAAAAGGAAGUACCUCCUCUUUAGUAGUAAUGAUACGGAUAAAAGUAGCAAUACAGAAAAGAGAAGAAAUAAAAGGAGUAAUAAAAUAAAUAAAGGAACAAUUAAAGGAAUGAACAAAAGAAUGAAUAAAAUAAUAAAUAUAAGGAUCGAUGAAAGAAGAAAAAAAAGGUGUCUCAGAAGUAGCAACUCAGAAAGCAGUGCAUUCUCAUUAUCUUCAGGGGUCAAAAAACAAAAUUGCAAGGAUGAACAAUCUAAGGAAAAAAAGGAUAUAGAGAAAAAAAUAAAAAAUGGAAAUAACAUGCAUUGUGUAUUAUAUCGAAAAACUUACGAAGAUGGAAAGUAUUAUAGUUGUAAUAAAAUAUUUGAUAAAGUGUGUAAUUUGAAAAAAGAUACAGUUCGUUGCAUGGAUGUCUUUGCAAGCAAUGAUAUAACAGAAAAAGGAAUUGAAUCUUGGGGGGAAGAACACAAUUGUAGUAAUGACAAAACAGUGGACUGCAAUAAACAGAAAGGAAGUAAUGAAUAUUAUAAUAAGGAGAAUUAUAAUAUUGUUGAGAAGGAGAUUAACAAGAAGAAUGGAUGUACAGAGGAAGGAUUAAGAAAAAUAAAAUUUGAAUGUAGCAGAAGUAGGAACAGGGGAAACUACUAUAGCAACGAUGAUGGUAAAAGCGUUUGCAAGAGCGAACGGUCAGGUAUGUAUCGACUAAUAAAUUUUGAAAAACUAAAAAAAAGAGCUUCUAGAAAACUUAAUUUUUUGAGCAUUGUUGAUAUAACAAAAGGGGAAAAUAGUGAAACUAAAGAGGAAAUUACAGAAAGCGAAAAUAGUUCAGAAGAAGAUAUUUUAAACUUAACAGAGGGUAGUAAUGUCAAGUCGGAUUAUUCCUUUUUUUCAAAUAAUUCUAACUCAGACAGUUUGGGUAGCUUAGAAAAGGAGCAAAAUAAUACCCUUGAUAUUUAUAAUUACUACUAUGUAGGGAGGGAUAAUGAAGACGAUACAAAUAAGAAAAAUGAGUUGGAAAAAAUUACAUAUGACUCUCGUUCGAGUAGGUACAACCACUUAUACACUUAUUUGUUUGGCAUAGAGGAUAAUGCGGUAGAUAAGGGGAAAAAAGAGAAACAGGAGAGAGAAGCGAAAAAGGUGGGAGAAACGAAAAAGGUAGGGGAAGCGAAAAAGGAGGGAGAAGCGAAAAAGGUGGGGGAAGCGAAAAAGGAGGGAGAAGCGAAAAAGGAGGGAGAAGCGAAAAAGGAGGGAGAAGCGAAAUUAAAGGAAGUUAACAAAAAGGAUAAAGGGGUAAUAUAUGAGAGGGUAAAUCUUGACGGGAAAUCCUCUCAAGACUGUGUGAACGUGAAGGAGGAGAAGAAAAAAGGGAAAAACUUUUUAUUAAAAAAGAAUUUAAUUUUAUACCGAAAUUUUAAAAAUAUAAAUAACGAAAUAUCACGACAGAAUAAUAUAAAGGGUUUAAACUUUAGGGAUUUGGUAUCUGGUUUCAUUCGACUAAUAAACAAAAAUAUGUUAAUGAUGAAUCGGAGUGGAUGUAGGGGGGGGCGUACGAACGGAAUGGACUGUCCCAAUGGGAUAUUUGACAGCACUAGUGAAGUUGAGGAGUGUUAUAUAAAUUUGGAAAGGUGGGAUGACGAAAAUGUGGGUAGAAAGAGUAGCCGUGGAGAAAGCGGUGGUAGAGGAAGCAAUAGUGGAAGCAUGUGUAGCAUCCAUAGCAGUAGCAAUAGGAAGGAUGAGUUGAUGGGAGGGGCUCCAAUGGCUCUAGGACGAGCACAGUGCGUGUGUGCGUUUUGCUUGGAAAGGGGGAAAAUUUUAAGCAAGGAUGAAUUAGAUCUGUGCAUCUUCGAAUAUAUUGAAGAUAACAAAAGAGACAACACAAUAAUAAAACAUUUUUUUAUGAACAGUUAUAUAUUUACGUCUUUUAUUAAUUAUUAUAUCCAUCAUAAAAAAAUAAUGAAUGUGUAUAAGGUAAAAAAUAAGAACAAAUCAAAAAAUGCCUAUUUUUAUAAAUUUAAUGCAAACAUAAAAAGAAAAUGUACUAUUAAAAAAAUUAUACCCUUUAUAGCAAGAAAGGUUACAUUUACUACAAUAUGUUUAUAUAUAUAUGGUAUGAAUUGUCUAAACGAACAAGAGAAUUUUGUUGUUGUUAUUAAUUUUUUAAAAUGGAAAAAUAUUCGAAGAAAUUAUCAAGAAAUAGUAAAAUUAAAAAGAGGAAAAGAAAAUACACCUCUAUGUAAGAAAUUUUCUUUUUUCAUUAACGCCGUUGAUGAAUUUUGUGCUUUAAGCAAUAUUCAUAUUUCAGAUGGAAUAAAAAAAGUUGGGUUCAAGGGGAAAAAAAAUAUCACACGCAGUGCAGUAUAUGGAGAAGCACAUGAUACAUCACAUGGUGCAGCACAUUAUGGAGAACAAUUCGCUUAUGCAAACAAGUUAAAACCAUCUGCUAACACUUCUUUUCUUUAUCAUAAUGAUGAAAAAAUAAGUGAAAUUGAAAAAGCAGUAAAUGAAAAUUUAGAAAAUAAUAAUUUGCAAUUUCUUUUGAUAGAUCCACUUCAUGUUUCGUCAAAAAAGAUUUUUCACGUGUAUCCGUCUCAUGUGAUUGUUCUUUUCUGA